AUGGCUUUUUCCCAUUUACAGUCUCUCACUCAGUUUCCAUUUUCCACUCUCAGCUCUUUCCCGUUGAAAUGGUGAUUACCACCAUAUUAUCCUGAUCAUUUUUCUAUUAUUAUAUAAUAAUUAUUCUUCCCGUUUGGAUUUUGAUAUUGUUCCUCAGUUAAAAAGGUUCGUGGAAAAUUUGUACCAACUUUUUUGUUUUUAGGUCACAUUCCUUCCAAAAUUGCUCGUUUCAGCUUGCCAUCGAUUCCACUGCACUUCCAAAAUAAUUGGUUGUGCAGUCCUUGUUUUCCGACCACAUCUUUAAGAUUCUGUCGGCUUUUGAGUUCGGUAAUGGCCAGUGAUUCUUUUGUAAUCUCCAAUGGAGACAGUGAUGGCAGUGUCCAUCCACUACGGAACAUGCAGAGGACUUACCAAGUAGUAGUGGCUGCCACUCAAGAUAUGGGCAUUGGUAAGGGUGGAAAAUUACCCUGGAGAUUACCAACUGAUCUCAAAUUUUUUAAGGAGAUUACUGUGAAAACAUCUGAUCCUGGGAAGAAGAAUGCCAUUGUAAUGGGAAGGAAAACAUGGGAGAGUAUCCCUCUUGAGUUCAGGCCUCUUUCUGGUCGCCUUAAUGUUGUUCUGACUCGCUCGGGCAGCUUUGAUAUUGCAACGGCAGAGAAUGUUGUUAUAUGUGGAAGUAUAUCUUCUGCAUUGGAGCUGCUAGCUGCUUCUCCUUAUUCUCAGUCAAUUGAGAAAGUAUUUAUUAUAGGAGGUGGUCAGAUAUUUAGAGAAACUCUCUAUGCACCUGGAUGUGAAGCUAUUCACAUAACAGAAAUUCAGUCAAGCAUUGAGUGUGACACUUUUAUGUCUCCAGUUGAUUCAACUAUAUUUCGGCCAUGGUACUCAUCCUUCCCUAAAGUGGAAAACAACAUCCGCUACUCUUUCACAACAUAUGUGCGUGUUAGGAGUUCUGCAACAGAGUCCCUGAGUCAGAAUACUGAUCCACCUUUUGAUAAUAAUUCAGAUUCCUUAAAAUUUGAGGUCAAGAAUUUUUCUUUUCUUCCUAAAAUGAUUUUUGAGAGACAUGAGGAGUAUAUGUAUCUUAGGCUAGUUCAAGACAUCAUUUCUGAAGGUUCAACUAGGGAUGAUAGGACAGGGACUGGUACCUUGUCAAAAUUUGGUUGCCAGACAAGGUUCAAUCUGCGCAGAAGCUUUCCUCUUCUAACAACUAAGAAAGUAUUUUGGCGAGGGGUUGUUGAAGAACUUCUUUGGUUCAUCAGUGGCUCAACAAGUGCCAAGGCGCUGCAGGAAAAAGGCAUUCAUAUAUGGGAUGGCAAUGCAUCCAGAGAAUACCUUGACAGAAUUGGUUUGACAGAGAGGGAGGAGGGUGACUUGGGACCAGUGUAUGGAUUUCAGUGGAGGCAUUUUGGUGCCAAAUAUGUCAACAUGCAUACUGACUACUCCGGCCAAGGAUUUGAUCAGCUUUUGGAUGUUAUUAACAAGAUAAAGCAUAAUCCUGAUGAUCGGCGAAUCAUUCUCUCUGCAUGGAAUCCAGCUGAUCUUAAAUUGAUGGCACUUCCACCCUGCCACAUGUUUGCACAGUUCUAUGUAGCAAAUGGGGAAUUAUCUUGUCAAAUGUAUCAACGAUCUGCUGACAUGGGCCUUGGCGUGCCAUUUAAUAUUGCAUCCUAUGCCCUCUUGACAUGCAUGAUUGCUCAUGUUUGUGAUCUUGUUUCGGGUGAUUUUAUCCAUGUUAUUGGGGAUGCACAUGUUUACUGCAAUCAUGUGAGGCCUUUGCAGGAGCAGCUCCAUAACCUCCCAAGACCUUUUCCAUCUCUUAGGAUAAAUGCAAAGAAGAAGGAUAUAGAUUCUUUUGUGGCUGCUGAUUUUGAGCUCAUAGGCUAUGAUCCUCACCAGAAGAUUGAUAUGAAGAUGGCUGUCUAAAAUCUGGGAGUCCUCACUCUCUUCUUCAGGCUGUUUCUGCUUUUUGAAAUGAGUAGAACCAUAUGAUGAGCAUGGAUGCUGAGGUGCUGUGCAAGGUAGUUUGGUGCUUACUCGUGGCGUUUUUAUUCGCUGAUCUUCAAUGCUGAAGCGUGUACAAUUGAAGAACAUUCAGUUGGACAUACUUCAAUCGUUGCAUAUAUUGCUGGUGGGAAUGCUUGAAGCCCACAUGCUAUGACAUUCUUCACGUUCUGCUGUACUAUUGUGGGAUCAGAAAAUUGGAAGUUUAAGAUAAGCGGUCUCUUUAUUUGAUUUAUCAUUUGAUCUUUUCCGUAUUUACCAGUAUUUUUUAUGCGCCUGUAUGUACUGGUAUCAUUGAAUGAACUUUUCGUUUCGUUGUUCGGAUUUG